AUGCCAACAGAAUUGCAAGAACUUGUUGGAUUUUUGCAUGAUGAUUCUCUCAAUGUGAGAGAGAUUGCACUUCAGCAUUUAGUCCAAUAUUCGCCUGGAGGAGCUAACAAUCAACAGGCUAUUUUCAAGUAUGACAAUUGUAGGGCCAUCCCAGAUCUAAUCAAGCUGUGUGGAGAAAAGAAGGGGAAAACUGUCAAUGAAGCGUUAACUAUUUUGGUUAAUCUCUGUGACGAUGUAGAGCUCCGUCAACUUAUAUCGAAAGAUAGGGAAUUUUUGAAAAGCUUAAUUGAAAGCUUACCAUCUCCAACCAAUCUUAAUGGUGAUUUAAUGUGUAUUUUACUAGCAAACCUAGCUAAAACUGAUAACAUUUUAGAAGUCUUCAACAUGAAUAUAAAGAUUGCCGAAAGUCAAAAGGCCAUCUUUAAGAGUACCAAAGCUAUGGAUUGUUUAAUGGACAUGUUUGUCAAAGGAUACGAAAGAAAAAUCAACAAAUAUGCAUGUUAUGAUUAUCUCUCCUACUUUUUUGCGGAUAUAUCUAGAUUCAAGCAAGGCCGUGAUUAUUUUGUUACUGAACAAGAGUAUGAUGGUAUAAUCCCACUAACCAAGAUUCUAGUGUUCACAGAAAAAUGGGACGCCAAAGUCAGAAGAGAAGGGGUUGCCUCAACAAUCAAAAACUCACUAUUUGAUAUUGAAAAGCAUGAAAUUUUUUUGAAUGAACCAGUCAAUUUGCUGGUAUACUUGUUAGGCCCUAUAGCUCUUCCUGGGAAUAAGGGCUUGGAUGAUGAUGAAAUCAUGGAGCUACCAGAUGAACUUCAAUUCCUUGAUGACAACAAGCAGGUGGAAACUGUAAAGGAAAUCAUUGCUGUGCAUUUGGAGAGUUUGUUAUUACUUUGUUCUACAAGAAAGGGAAGAGAUUUCCUAAGAAGCAAAAGUGUGUACCCAUUGGUAAGGGAAUUACACAAGGAAACAAAGGAUGAAACCAUUACUGAAUUGUGUGAUCGUUUAGUUCAGAUGCUGAAGAGAGAUGAGGGAGAACAAAAAGGUGAUGCUGAAGAAAUAGAAGAAAUCAAGGAUAUAUUAGAAAAAGUUGAAGGUGUUGAAAGUGAUGUCGAGAUGAAGGAUAAAUCUGAUGAUGAUGAUGACGAUGAUGCUGAAGGUAUGGUCGUUGUCUGCUAG